CGCAAAGCAAAAUGGAGAGCCGAAUGAAAGUGGCGCGCCAUCUGGAGCCGUGGCGGGACCUUACCGGCAAGGUGGCGAUGGUGACCGGAGCGUCGUCGGGGAUCGGCAGAGAGAUCAGCCUCGACUUGGCCAAGGCCGGCUGCAGAGUCAUCGCCGCCGCGCGCCGUGUCGACCGCCUCAAGUCGCUCUGCGACGAGAUCAAUGGACUCGGUUCCGGCGAGUCGAGCUCCGGUACGCCGCUCCGAGCAGUGGCCAUUGAGCUGGACGUUAGCGCGGAUGGUCCAGCCAUUGAGGCGGCCGUUCAGAGGGCUUGGGACGCGUUUGGCCGGAUCGACGCACUGAUUAACAAUGCCGGCGUUAGAGGUCGAGUACACACUCCAUUGGAUCUAACAGAGGAAGAGUGGAAUGAUCUCACAAAAACAAACCUAACUGGCACAUGGUUGGUCUCCAAAUAUGUUUGCUUGCACAUGUGUAACGCUAAGCUUGGAGGAUCUAUCGUCAACAUCUCUUCCAUUUCUGGGCUUAACCGUGGCCAGUUGCCAGGAGGCCUUGCAUAUACUACUUCAAAGACUGCUGUUAACGCACUCACAAGGGUGAUGGCACUUGAAUUGGGAGCAAAUAAGAUAAGAGUGAACUCCAUCUCGCCAGGGCUCUUCAAAUCCGAGAUAACGCAGGGCCUCAUGCAGAAAGAUUGGCUCAAUAAUGUUGCUCUCAGGACUGUACCUUUGAGAACAUUUGGCACGUCAAAUCCUGCACUCACGGCGCUCGUACGUUACUUAAUUCAUGACUCCUCUGAAUACAUUUCUGGAAAUACUUACAUAGUUGACGCUGGAAAUACUCUGCCUGGUGUGCCUAUCUUCUCCUCUCUUUGAAGCAAUUGUUGGUUGUUGUGAAGAGGUUUAGAUGUUACAAUCUCUUUAAGCUUGUUAGUUCAUGGCUCUAUUCAUCUUGUUAUGCAGAUUAAUAUGUAAUUUUCAAUCGUCCUUUGAUAUUAGGGAUGACCUAAAUUUGAUUUGGAUCGAAUUAUAUAAUGUAAAAUUGAAAUUUAUAUAUAUGGCACUUGUUAGUUUUCUGACUA